UGCUGAACUAAUGAUGCUGACUAUAGGAGAUGUUAUUAAACAACUGAUCGAAGCCCAUGAACAGGGGAAAGACAUCGAUCUAAAUAAGUUGAAAACGAAGACAGCUGCCAAAUAUGGCCUGUCAGCACAGCCCCGCCUGGUGGAUAUCAUUGCUGCAGUCCCUCCUCAGUAUCGCAAAGUCUUGAUUCCCAAGUUAAAGGCAAAACCUAUCAGGACUGCCAGUGGGAUCGCUGUUGUGGCUGUGAUGUGCAAACCCCACAGAUGUCCACACAUCAGUUUUACAGGAAAUAUAUGUGUAUACUGCCCUGGUGGACCUGACUCAGAUUUUGAGUAUUCCACUCAGUCUUAUACCGGAUAUGAGCCAACUUCCAUGAGAGCUAUCCGUGCUAGAUAUGACCCAUAUCUGCAGACCAGACACCGGAUAGAACAGUUAAAACAGCUUGGCCACAGUGUGGAUAAAGUGGAGUUUAUUGUGAUGGGUGGAACAUUUAUGGCACUUCCAGAAGAAUACAGAGAUUAUUUUAUUCGAAAUUUACAUGAUGCCUUAUCAGGACACACUUCCAACAAUAUUUACGAGGCAGUCAAGUAUUCUGAAAGAAGCCUCACGAAGUGUAUUGGAAUUACUAUCGAAACCAGACCAGAUUAUUGCAUGAAGCGGCAUUUAAGUGACAUGUUGACCUAUGGCUGCACAAGGCUGGAGAUUGGGGUGCAGAGUGUCUACGAAGACGUAGCCAGAGAUACCAACAGGGGCCACACUGUGAAGGCAGUGUGUGAGUCAUUUCACCUGGCCAAGGAUUCUGGUUUCAAAGUUGUAGCUCAUAUGAUGCCUGAUCUGCCAAACGUGGGACUGGAAAGAGACAUCGAACAGUUUACUGAGUUUUUUGAGAACCCUGCUUUCCGUCCUGAUGGUUUGAAACUCUACCCUACCCUAGUAAUUCGUGGAACUGGGCUUUAUGAGCUUUGGAAGUCAGGAAGAUAUAAGAGUUACGCUCCAAGUGACCUCAUUGAACUGGUGGCUCGGAUCCUGGCCCUUGUACCUCCGUGGACUCGAGUGUACCGAGUGCAGAGAGAUAUUCCAAUGCCUUUAGUCAGCUCUGGAGUAGAGCAUGGUAAUUUGAGAGAGCUGGCAUUUGCGAGAAUGAAAGACCUUGGAAUACAGUGUCGAGAUGUGAGAACCAGAGAGGUUGGAAUUCAAGAGAUUCAUCACAAAGUUCGACCGUAUCAGGUGGAAUUGGUAAGAAGAGAUUAUGUUGCCAAUGGUGGCUGGGAAACAUUCUUGUCAUACGAAGACCCAGAUCAAGACAUUUUGAUUGGCCUCCUGAGGUUACGAAAGUGUUCAGAGGAAACUUUCCGUUUUGAACUGGGUGGAGGUGUUUCCAUAGUCCGGGAGCUGCAUGUGUAUGGAAGUGUGGUCCCUGUGAGCAGUCGAGAUCCUACUAAAUUUCAGCAUCAGGGGUUUGGCAUGCUGUUGAUGGAGGAAGCAGAAAGAAUAGCUAGAGAAGAACACGGCUCUGGGAAGAUAGCUGUCAUAUCAGGGGUCGGUACCAGGAAUUAUUAUAGAAAGAUCGGCUACAGAUUACAAGGCCCAUACAUGGUGAAGAUGCUUAAAUAACUGUCACAUCAGUUCACAUUCAUGUGCUGUCCUCCCUGGAAGAAGACAGAGAAUCAAGAUUUCUUGAAUUCUCAGCAGAGAGGCUGAGAGGAGCAAACUACCUACACCAUCCCCCAGGCGAGGGGCUUCACUUCAUCCAGCUGCUGCACAGGCUGGAAACUGCUUUUAAGGCUCGGACCAGGCAGCUGCUGACCAAACCCUGGAGCCACUCUCUCCUGUGUGUACCCAAGAAAUCACUUCAGUUUUUGAGGCUUAAAUCUUUUAUCCAAUUUCUAAAUACUGCAUGCGGCCUGCAGGUGACCUAUUUUGAUUAAGACACGGUGACAAAGACUAAUUAACUCAUUUGGAUACCAUAACUCAUGAAACAAAGCUAAUCAUUGUCAUUUGAGGAGCAAACUUAGGAGUAGGUUAUUUGUCGCUCAAGGGACAAAAAGUCAGGUUGGAUCAUAUGAAAAACGACCAGACUUGGAUCUCUGGCCCUUAGCUACAUAGGCAUCUGUGCAUGAGUUAAGAAAAUGAGCUGUUUUUGUUUUUGUUUUUUAUGGAAAUCAUCCUGGUUAAUGCACUGGUGCUCUAAAAUAACAGUGUGAAGGGGGAAAGAAGAAUUGAGUUUGUGGGUUUAUGUUUACGCCUGCCUGCGGCCACCUCAGCCUUCCCCAGUGGGGAGUUCAUCAUCCAAGUGGGGCCAUGACAAAGAGCCUUUAUUUCACAUUUUUUAUGGUCUGUACUUGGCACACUCUUGGCAGCUGUGGAACAGUCUGGGCAGCCACAAGUGUGGUGUCCAGAAAGCAUCUGGCUCUCCCAUUUAUCUGUCCUGAGCAUGCAGAAUCUGACACACACGUGGCUGAGGCCGUGUGGCCUUAAGUCAAGACUGGCCACCACGAGGGCUGUUCCCUGCAUUUUCAUUCUUUAACGUGGAUUCUGGUUUGUGUUAGAGAAAGGUAAGAGUUCACCUUUUGGGUGAAAGCAAAAUAAAAUGAAAAAUGGGAUGAUUGGCUUUUUCAAAGAUUCAUCUCAUAGAGCUGCCUUUCUGAAGCUUCCAGGUAAUCUACGAAGAAGCCUUACUGAGAAGGUCAAGACCUAAGUUAGAGCAUGGCUUUACCCUAGGCCCCUGGCUUCUGUGGCAUUUUAUAAAGAGUUAAUAGAAUCAAUUCUUCUAAAAGGGUUUAAAAAUAAAACAUCUUUAACAUACAAAGAAGAAUGAUGUGGGGUUUUUUCCUCUCUGUAAAUCCAGUGCCAUUCGCAUGAAUUUUGACAGGUUUCACUGUCUACCCAUUGCACUGUUCCCGUUCCCUCCCGGGUACCGUUUGCCAGUUCAUUAAAUUGCUACACGGCAGCCGCGGUGGCUUUCUCAUGGGCUCACUAUGGAACUGCAGCGGCUUUUCUUGAGUGUAGUUUAGGGAGAUUAGCUACAUCCCAUGCUCCUUUUUUUGGUGCCUUUUCCCGUAUUAAAAAAAAAAGAAACUAUUAAACUAAUAAAGCGUACACUUUCCUGGCUGUAACAUACCCAUUUCCGGGGAUAGAACCCAGUGUGUGCUGGGCAGGGCCCAGGCUUGCCUCAGCCUGCAACAUAGCCCUGCAUACACAAGAGUCACUGGGCCUCAGUUUUCUCUUCCUGUUUACCCAAAUGAAUCAAAAUGCUUCAUGUAUGAGAGAGGCCUUUGUGAAGCUGUAAAAGGGCAUUCACAUGGUAAAGUUUGUUUUAAUGGAUGGCAGUUGAAAGCAAAUUUUGAAACAGAAAUGCUUACCAACUUGUACCUGAUACCUAUCAGUUAUUGCCCAAUCCUGAUUUCCACCCCAAGAUUCAGGAGAUUCUUCUUUCUAGCUCAUCCUGUGGCCUUUGCAAAGCUGCAGAAAUUGGAAAGUUUUACCAGGUGUCAGAGCACCUCCUGCCUUUCUGCUGCUAGGAGCAUUAGAUUUUUGGGACUGCCAAGGGCUUCUCCUGCCAUGCAGGUGUUUUAUAUCUCCACAGCCUGGCUCUCUUACCCUUCUUGAGACCUGCGUUCCCAUGACCACCUCAGGAGAAAGAUCAGCUAGACUUGAUCCUACCAGCCUCAGCAUGGAUCAAUCCAAGCAACAGCCUGUUUCUGAUCCAUACUAAACAAUUCCUUAGCAACCACCCCAAGCCCAGUCAAAUAGCUGUGAUUUUAUGUUCAGCUUUUUGCUAAAGUACUUAAAGAGUUUUUUUAAAAAUGCACCAGCAGAUGGAGUAACAGCUAUGUUAUUAGACUCACGUAGUU